AUGCAUUUCCUUCUUGUGGUGGUUCCCUUUCUUUCUCCAUUGCUGUGGCAGCUCGACGCGUCGUCCAGAAGUGUCUCGUGCCUGGCGACUCGCACGAAGCGGCGCCACGUGGCCGCAUCCGCUUCCUUCCGCUCGUCCAAUUUUCCGCAGCCGUCGCGAGAUUCGCAGGAAGACCAAAAGCAGCCAGCGGGCCCGGAGGAAUCACCGCGCGUGGGGCGCAGAGGCGUGGCUCUUGGCGGGGCUGCCGCCGCUGCCUCCGCGCUCGUCUCGUCCGUCGCCGUCACCCUGCUCCCUGCUGACGUGGCCGAGGCGACGGAGUCAAAUUUCGCGGACAUGCCGGCGCUGAGGGGCAAGGACUACGGCAAGAGCCGCAUGAAGUAUGCCGACUACACUGAGACCGACUCCGGCCUGCAGUUCAAGGACUUGAGGGAGGGCACGGGACCAACUCCUCAACCAGGCGACCUCGUUGUCGUGGACUGGGCGGGGUUCACGAUAGGGUACUAUGGGCGCAUCUUUGAGGCGCGCAACAAGGCCAAGGGCGGCUCCUUUGAGGGCAACGAGAAGGACUUCUUUCGCUACCGCGUCGGCCAAGGGGAGGUCAUCCCGGCGUUUGAGGAGGCCGUGGCAUCCAUGAAGCUGGGGGGAGUGAGGAGGAUCGUUGUGCCGCCGGAGAUAGGCUAUCCCGACAACAACUUUAACAAGCAAGGACCCAAACCCACCACCUUCUCCGGCCAGCGCGCGUUGGACUUUGUGCUCAAGAACCAGGGGCUCAUCGACAAGACGCUUCUCUUUGACAUUGAGCUGCUCAAGAUCGUUCCCAGCUAG